AUGUCCAGCUCACGCGGUCUCCUCGCUUGCUUUCUUUCUCGCGUGCUCUUGCUUCUCUGUCUCUGUCUCAUACGCGUGCCCUCAUCCUAUGCUCAGCCAGCCCAGUUGCAAUAUGAGGAUUGCUACUACCAGAGCAAUACUAGCCUCAAGUUCGACAUCUCUACCGUCUAUGCGCAAGUCCUCGAUGAAGCGAACUCGGAGGGAAAGUACCUCAACUUCACGGUACUUGGGGAGACACCGAAGUCGGUCAUGAAGUCGUCUAAUCCCAACGGGAACUCGUCUGGCGCGGUCGCUAAUUGGACAGCGACCCUGUUCACUGUCGCGGAGGAGCUAACGUUCCAGGUGUGGAACAACAAUUCGUUCUUCUGCUCAACCCUACGACCUCCCACGGAUCUACUGGGCAAUACUACGGAAGGAGGUUAUUGUCCAUUCUCGCCAGGACCCUUCGCGUUCUCUACCACUAACUUAUUGUUCUGUAUGAAUCUCAACACUACACUCUUGGAUCCCGGUGCUAUGGGCAGCGUAUACGGUCAUGCGUCCAUCGUCUUCUGGGUAACAGUUGCGUUGGCAAUUGGAUACUGGGUCGCAGUCGGCAUCGCGAGAUUGGUAUCCGCUUGGGGUAGGGGUUCCACCAGGAUGGGCACAGGCUUGUGGGCCCGGGUUGAGAGUGCCGGGUUCAUUCUCGCUAGCGCCAUUAGCGGCGAGCGUUUGGCCAAUUCUCCGGCACUCAUGAGAUACUGUACACCCUCUUUGCGAGAUAUCAUAUUUCAUACGCAGUGGUGUGCGGCGCUUGCAAUGGUUGCCGUCGAAUGGCCGGCCUUCGUUUACCCCCUUCUAGCGCAGACGGCCUGGUCUACGUUGACAUUCAGUAUGGGCGUCCUUGUAGAACGCUCGACGGGUUCUCAGUCUCGCUGGCACCCCUUGACAGUACAGGCGUACGACCCCCCGUCCAACUUUGCCGCACAAUUGAACAACGCGUCUUCGCCUCUGUACAUUGAUGCCGAUGCGCCGAACGUCAUCUUCGUGCUGCCGGACGAUGCUACCCAGGCAUCUCAUUUGUUUGGCAUGUGCCUCGUCCUGUUCUUGGCAAUUUUGGCUGGUACAGUCGCGCUGAGCAUGCUGGAUCCCAAUCAGCGGUUGACCGGCUCUCGGAGCCCUCGAUAUUCAGCCGGGAGCAAGGACCUGCUUGAAGGCGUCGGUCAAGGCGCGGACGAGCGAUCGUUGAACAGCCACUUCCUAUUGCGUUCGACUACGUUUUUCCCUGCCGGUCGACGAUGGUGGCGACUCAAGAGCGGGUUCGUGACGUACCACAGCAAUGUCCUGCACGGCAAUCUAGUCCGUAUCCUCAUCUGGUUCCACCUCCCCGUCACGAUCUUCUCCUGCUACCAAAUGACCCUCGGACGCGAGACUGCAUCUCUCGGAUCUAUCAUCCUUGCUGCCAUUUCCUUCGCCAUCUUCUCCGUACUACUCCCUAUCUUCCUUGUGGUCCGACUAACGCUCACCAACACCACGAAACUCUAUGAUGAAACAUGGACACUCCUAUCGCUCGGACCUCUCUAUAACCAUUAUAGGCACGGUUCGCAGCUCUUCGCUAGGAGUGGUACCGCUCAAGCCAUCAUCAUCCUCGUUGUUGAGGUAGCGUCUGCGCUUGGCACUAGCGUGUGGCUACCUUGGGGUCAAGGCGCCAGCAUGGGUCUCAUCAGCUUCCUGUUCUGCGUUGCGAGAAUAGUCAUUGCUGUGCUACUGGUCAUCCUGACGCCUAUAGUCUCUGUCGAAGCAGGUGCCGCACAAUGGAUCGCAUAUGCCAUUCUGUGCAUACUCGCGCUGAUCUAUCUGGCACUCCUACUCAUGCUGAUAGUGAAGAUUGUCGAGGGCGUCAUCCGGAUCAUUGGCGGCGUGGGCUUCCACAGAAGCAAACAUGUCGUUGACAGUGGGUUGCUCGGGACGCUCGGCUUACUAGGCUGCUGCGGGUCUCGGAGGCCUUACCAGCGCAGGCCCCAAGUUGCCAAGCAACCCUCCACCAUUCCAUUAACGAAGCCGAGCCCGCCUUACAGAGACGCCACGCCGACGCCAUCGGGUCCCCCAUCAGUGCUGCGACCGGAGCACGCCCUGCAACCGUACAAGGAAGAGAGCGACGACGAAACAGGGUUCAUCAUGGGUGCUUGGCAGCCUUUCCCAGGACCUGGCUAUAGCCCGGUCGAUGACGUCCCUCGGUCGCCAGAGCAGUCGAAGUCGUCUUCUGGCUUCGCCCGGGUCGGUGGUGGUCGGGCGCACUUCGAGUCGCCGUACGCGAUUCGGCCGGGCUCUGACCAAGCAUUCCCGUCGACUGAGCGUGCCGAACGACAAGCGCCUUCCAGCAGUUUGGCACAGAGCUCGACAAUAGAGUAUUCGCCGCCACCUACGCCCGGAUGUCAAUUACCUCCCUGCGGGCGCUGCACCCCCGCACACAUCCGGACGAAGUCGCAGACAGCUAUCAUUGAGGACGCAUCCGCCCUUGCGAACCUCCGAUCGCAAGGUGCCGCUGCCGUCCCCUCUGAAGCAGUGGACACAGCAGAGGAUUCGACACCGAAGAAGCGUUGGUUCAACAGGCGCAAGAGUCGGCGUAUGAGCGAAGGUGAUCUCAUGUCGAUGUCCGAACCGCCGGCUCAGGACACCGGCCGUUCCUUCGUCGUGGUCAGGAAGCAGAGGCCAGGUGUGCCACCCAGGGAUGGGUCGAGUUCAUCGAAUCCGCGCGUGAAGGGGAGCCAGAACGAAAAUCCUUUAGUGUUCUCCGCGGACCAGGAUCAUAGAGGAUAG